AUGCGGGUUCAGACAUUCUCCGUGGUCCUCUCUGCCAUCACAGGCACAGCUUUAGCCGGUUGGCCUGGGUCAGACCGGGGGUGCGACUCCGGCAUCUACGCAAAGUACCAGCCUCUGACGAACUACGAGCCGGCUGAGCGGUACUGCUCUGCACAUUUCCCGCAACCCGUCGUCACCGUCACUGUGACUGCUACGGCUCGUGGCUGGUUCCCAUGGGACAAACGAGCCUGGGGACCUCUAAACCCGCGGGACAUGCUCCUCCAGCAGUUGGAGCAGCUACCACGGAAUCAGCAGCAGAUUGUGUGUUCCUGUAUCGACGUUCCCAAGACCACCACGGUCACUGUCGGCAAACCCAUGACGAGAAGGCCGAAUCGCCCCCAUGCCACCUCCUCCGGUCCAGUCACUACCACUUCCGGGAGUACGUCUUUUACAUUGAGGACAUCGACUUCAUCGAGUUAUCCUUCGAGCACGACCCUCAGUAAGACUACCACACUACCGAGCACAUCUUCUACGAGUAGCUCUAGUCCAGCUACAACUUCAACCACGACUACCACCAAGACUGCGACCACGACAACACCUGUAACGACUACAACUACCACCACACUUGAGACCACGACUACGACCACAACCACAUCUUCACUGAGCACGACCACGACCACGACUACCACCUCACCGAGUACAAGCACAACAUCACCCCCUACAACUACAACUACAACCACUAUCACGCCUACGACUACAACCACAACUACCACCACGACGUCAGCCACAGCCUGUCCCACAGACCAAGCCACAGCCCCCGGCGGCGGCUGCGGCGGCUGCACGUGGACCAUCUCGUGCGGGCAACUCGUCACGGCCACGAACAACAACCCGAACUGGGACAUCGACCCGCAGCCGGACUACGCGUCGUGCCUGCGCGAAUGCGACGACAACGGCUUCUGUGCCGCCUUCACCUACAACGCGGCCACGGGCCAGUGUCGCCAAUUCCUGUACGGUGGCGACGGCGACAUCACGCUGACGCCGGCGCCCGCGUGGGAUAGCGCGAGGUUCGUCGAGGGGUCGUGUACGGGGUUUGAUUGUGUCGCUUAUCAGUGUCCUGGCGAGAAUGAGAAUUGUGUGGAUUAG